AUUAAAUUUCAAUAUUUUUUAGGUCGUGAUGUGCAGAAAAAAUGGGCUAAUUUAAGGAAUUGCUUUCGUCGCGAAUUAAACGCUCAAAAGAACACUAAGUCGGGACAAGCUGCGAAUAAAAGGCGUAGAUAUGUCUACUUUGAACAGUUAUUAUUUUUACUUCCAUGCAUGGAGAAUCGACUUACUGAAAGUAACCUGGAAGAGGACAAUUCUCUAUCAAAUUAUGAGGAUGAUGAUCAAGCUGGUUCAUCCACUCCCACCCAUAUUCGUCAGCGGAAAAAGAGACCUAAUGUACCGAAGCAGACGGACGUGAAUGAAGCAUUAUUAAAGGCAUUAAAUGAGCCUAAUACUGAUGAAGAUGUGAACUUUGCUUUGUCACUGGUCCCUUCACUCCAAAAUUUAACCGCAGAAGAAAAACUUGAUGCUAAAAUCAGUAUUCUUAACGUUUUUAAACAGAUAAGAUUAGCUAGGUGCGUUCAGUCUACUUCGAAGCCAACAUGUACGUACAACAGAGUACAGCAACCCUUGUACUCUUUUCCAAUUUCGCAACCGACAACCACUCAAAACAUUUCAUCACCUGGCAACUCCAACGAUACAACCCAGUCUUAUUAUUCAAAUUUUUCAGAUGAAUCGCAAAUAUAUGACUUGUAAAUUACUUCAUUUCUCAAAACGCCAAAUUUUGUAAUAUUAAUUCUAAUAAAAAUAGUUGAGAAGUAUUUUUGGUUUAUCUUACCUUAUCGUAACGCUCAAUCUCUCCUCCACAGGUAUAGAAAGUCUUAAAUUUGUAUCCUCCUUCGCUAUUGCUGGACCAAUUAGCUUGACAAGUUCAUUGAAGCUGGUAAUGCUCAUUCGAUAAUAGGCGAAAAAUUUUUUCGGGUAAUCAAGUAAUUUGGAAUGCAUAGUGUUAAAUUUUCCACUAACUAAUCUAUCACUGAGAAUGGGAUGCACCCAAUACUCUCAGAAUCUCUUCUUGAUUUUCCUCCUCCGGAGUAUGAUGAGAGCAAUAAUUUUUCUGGACAAUAUUUUCAUUGUGCGACCGCUUCAACAGUCAGUUACAAACUAGUUCGAGAAUAGUCGGCCGGCUGUAGCAUUGUCUGCGCCCUGUUCACCAACCAAACUGUUUUGUUGGCUCGGUGUGCGCCCUUUCUGCCCAACCCGACCAAACUAUCGGCCGAUAAAAAGUCUGCAGUCUGCGGGGGCCCUUAGUUAGUAUAUGUUAGCAGGGCCGGUAUGUUAGGGGUGAAACAGGUGCCUCUCUUCGAGGGGCGGCAAUUUAGCCCAGUUUGUGUACCUACAGUGUAAGUGGCUGUUAUAUUUAAUUAAAAAACCUUUGAAAAACUCGAUACAAUAGUAUAUUAAAAUAUUUCAAUGUUCUUUAUUCACUAGAUUUUAAUUUUUUUAAGCACGAUAACAAGAUUCUUCAUCGGAAGUAGAUAGUUCUGUACUAUCAUUGGAGCAGGUGAUGUUUUUUUGUGUGGCAAGAGGGUGCGUUUUAUGAAGGAGGUCAUGUUGUUAUUGUUACUGUUCAGCAGGGGCGCCAUAAAAUUAUUUGCUUCAGGCAAAAUUGCUCGCGCCGGCUCUGUAUGUUAGUAUGA